AUGGAUUCAAAUGCUGAAAUGGAAAAUAAUCAUAUUCCAGCUGCUGCACCACCUGAGAUGACACUCAGCAUCAAUUCAAAGCUUUUCUCUCCCAUAACCUCCAUACGUUCAAUCGGUAUUCCACAAUUAGGAUUUGGAGUUUAUGAAUGCCAUGGACAAAAGUGUAUCGAUGCUAUUUCCAUCGCAUUAAAGACUGGAUAUAGACAUAUUGAUACUGCUCAAUACUAUGGAAACGAAAAGGAGGUCGGGUUCGCGAUCAAAGAAUACAUGAAAGAAUCCGGAUUAAAACGCGAGGAACUAUUCAUUACAACCAAGAUUCUCACACCUGGUGGAUCGGUGGAUAAAUCCCAUGAAAAAUGUCUAGAUAGCAUUAAAGCUCUCGAUGAUAGUGUAGGUGGUUAUGUUGAUCUGUUUUUGAUCCACAGUCCAAAUUGUGGAGCUGAUAGUCGUUUGGAGAUGUGGGAGGCCCUCGAAAGACUCUUUAAGGAAGGAAAAGCACGUCUGAUUGGUGUUUCAAACUUUGGUGUUGGACAUAUUGAGGGAUUGAAACGUGGGUGGCGACCUCCGCGAUGGAACGAGUUCUCCGAAAUUAUUUGGCCUCCUCAUGUCAAUCAAAUUGAGUUGCACCCAUUUUGCCAGCAACGGACUGUGGUGGAGUACUGUACCACCAAUGGUAUCCACGUUGAAGCUUAUUGUCCUUUGGUCAGGAACCAGAGGAGUGGUGAUACAGUCCUAAAUUGUAUCGCAGCUAUCUACGACAAGACUGUGGCUCAGGUAUUGAUACGAUAUUCCAUGCAAAAGAAAUGGAUUCCUCUCCCCAAAAGCGAGACACCUUCAAGGAUUGCCAAAAACGCCGAUGUGUUCAAUUUUCAACUUUCCGAUUGGGAUAUGUAUCAAAUCGAUAGCUUAGAUGAAGGCGAUAAAGGUUCCAUUGUCCAAGCCGUUACGAAUGAGUUUGAGGAUGAAGUCUAA